AUGUUUGCUGCAUAAAGAAGCCUGCAGAAAGAGACGCCGCACUGGACUGGCUCACAUAGGACCCUGUCUGGUCCCCAAGGCUAAAUGCACUGAGGAGGAGUUAGGCCAGUUUCCAUAUCGCCUCAUGGACUGGUUUCUGCUCCUGAGUCGUAUGGGGGAGUCGUACACACCUGGUGCCCCGCCCCAGAGCUGCCUCAGCCACACCCAGAGGACACAACUAGCGCAGCAAAGAUUUACCUUGUUGGACAAGAACAAAGAUGGCAAGUUGAGCCGCAGGGACCUGAGGAAGCUGCGUUACAAGAGGAUGCCGCUGGAGCACUGCGCUACACCCUUCUUUCAGUCAUGUGACCGUAACAGGAACAGGAAGGUGACCCUGCGAGAGUGGACGAGCUGUCUGGUGGAUCGCUCUGAGGCCUGGUUCUACCAUUUCAUGUCAAUGAGUAUGGGUUCCCGCAAGCUGUGUCCUAGAAUCAAAGAGAAAAACUUUUGACAUGAGAAAAAUG